CGACCGGCUAUUAACUUGACUGAUCAUGAAUGUUAUGUAAUUUUUGCAAUAUAUAACGAUAAAAUGAGCAUCUACAUUCUUCAUGUAGAACUAGAAGCGCCACAAUUUUUGGGAAAAGGGGUUACAAAAGGGAGCAUAAUAAAUAUUGUUAUUAAUUUUUGGAAUCAACACACUGCUUUAUACAAAAAUAAUCGUCUCUUUUCAACAAAGUAAUACAAAUUUUGGCAACUCUUAUUAUUUGACGCUGCUCCUAAUAUAUUAUAAUUCGAAAAUAUCUGGCUUUUGACGCAAUAGUUACACAGUUAUAUAACUACUGUUUUAUAGGCCAAUAAGGAAACACACCACUGAAACAAACCUCGGACCCUUUAUUCAAUUCAAGGCACUAAACGCAAAACGACCACUGAACGACCACUGAACAAGUAAGUCAUUAAAAAUAUUAAUUGAAAUUUGAUAAUUAUGUACCACGAGAGCUGUGUGAUAAUAUAAGAACCUUGAUACGCGCGAAAAGUGGCAUGCAACGUAUGUCAAUAAGAACCUAUGUUGAUCCUGGAAUGUUGGAUCUUUCAAUCUGCAUCAAUCCCCUUACAGCUGAUUUCAUUUCAGAGAUAUCAAUUGAUCAACAAUGGAUAACUAUUUGGAAAAUGGAAAACAAAUAUACGAAGAAUAUUGCUCAACAUCUGAAAACCUGCCCACAAUGCUUCCAAGAGCACCGGAGCAGACCUACAUUGAUGUAUAUCCAGAUGAAGAUCAGCCCGGUCCCAGCUUUACAGAUGACAGAAGACAUCAAUUAGACUACGAGACUGAAGUUAAGGUGUAUAGGGCUUUGGAAGAGGUAGAUGGAAACUUCAUUGUUCUUCACAGUUUCAAAUACACGCAUCAUCAAUAUCGUUUGUGUGCAGGUAAAAGUCAUAUCCGAAAAGGAUGUUCUAAUUGUAAAGGCAAAAAUGCAGAAAAUCAGGAGGGGGAAAGUGACUUUCUCAUCAUUUGUGCGGACAGUUUCAUUAUCAUCGAGGUAAAGAACAUGGAUAAUGUUGGAGAGGUUUUGGAAUGUGAACCAGACUUCCACCUGUGUUCAAUUGGCGAGGACUGGCAACCUCAGUGUAACAGAGACCAGCAGUUGAAAGCAUUAAUCGGAACGUUCCAGAAAUCAGUCAAACAAAGAAACAAGAUUGUGGAACUGAUCAAGUGUAUGGAUAAGGAUGCAAAAAUUCUUCAGUUUACUGCCUAUCCUAAUUUUAGUAAACAGUUUAAAGAUGAGUUUAAAUUUAGUGAGAUUACAGAACUCCCGUUAAGUGAUGAUGAACUGUCAACUAUCAUAUUUGAAGAGGACCUUUGUCGCAACGAACUUGAUGCUGCUUGGUGGGCAGCAAAUGUAACUCUGGCCAAUUAUUCAUCUUCAGAUUCCCAUGAGAGAGUAAGGAACAUUUUGUUAGCUAUUUGGGCCACAGAGAGAAACACGUGUGAUAAAUCCAAGUGCAGUUUAGGACGAUGUAUUAUGGAUGUCAACAAACAACUUAAGGAAGGUCGCAUUACUUUUGAGCCUAAAAAAGGUAAAAACCGUAAUCAAAAUCCCGCAGUUGUCAAAGCUCCCGAUGUUAUCAGAAACAAUUCUAAUGUGGAAAACCUAACAGUAGAACAACACAAUGCUUUUGAGUCAAAAGAGAAUUUGUUGUUGAUUAACGGUCCCGCAGGGGCGGGCAAAACUGUCAUAUUGUGUGGUAAAAUACUGCAACUGUUAGAGUCUGAUAAGAACAAUAAAGUUGUGGUAUUUAAGUUUACUGGAGAAGGGAACAAUUCACAGCAUUAUCAAAGUGCGUUAGAUAACGCUAGUAUAAAAUCGAACUGAUAAGCGCAGAUGAAGAUGAUCACACUCCAGAACAACUAGCUAAUCUUAUAACAAAGUGUUUGUGUAGUGUUAUUAUUGUCGAGAUACCAGGUUAUGAAGAUACCACAUAUUUAACAAAUAGACUCAGUGUACUAAGUGGUUAUAAUUUGUUUGUUGAUGAUAUACAGACAGUAAUUAGAUAUAAUACCACAGCUGAAAAGUGGACUUUAUUGAUUAACAAGUUAAAAGACUUAUCAGCAGAUAAGAUUGUGUGGAUAGCAUAUGAUAUUGUCCAGGUUUGGGCGCUAACAGACACAGAUCUCAUUUCAAUAGUAGCUAAUGUAAUUACUGAUACAUUAGCACCUCAUCAGAGGACUACUUUAUCUAGUAACUUGAGAAAUACACAUGAUUUAUCGAAUAUUUUAUCUGUAAUCAGAGAUCAAUUCGUUAAGUUAUGUUCUCUUAAAUCAGAUAUUUUAGAUAUUAUUUUACCUUCACAAUCACCAGGACACUUUAUACACGGUACAUUGCCUGUUAUACAUGUUUUUAAUAAUCGUAAUGUUGAUAGUAUUGUACGUGUUAUUAAUAUUGAUUUAGAUAGAUUGUGUGCUACACAUGAAUUAGAAUAUUCUGAUAUAGGUAUAGUACAUACUAAUUACACUAGUAGUGUAGUACCACUAGUUGAGGACAGUGUUAAUAUGAGAUGUAAUGACACUGCUAGUAAGAUUGCAGUGUGUCACAGUAGGUAUUGUGCCUCUAGUGAGUGGCCUGCUGUAAUAGUACUGUGUAAAGUGUGGGGUAGUGAGGAGAAGGACCUGACUACACUUUACUUAGCGUUAUCAAGAGCACGUGUACACUGCUCUGUUGUUAUAUUCCCAGAGGAGGGUGAAACAUUAGACGAAUCACCUUACAUGUUACAUUUGUUACAUAAUCUGAGUAACUACGCUCGCAUUAUACGAUAUUAGAUAUGAUGUUACUGUGUAAUAACGUUAGUGGGUGACUAGUUCUAUUGUUAUGAAACAUGUAUACAUAAGCCUUGAAUACGUGAUAGCUCAACAAUGAGUGAACUUUUACGAACUAAUUACCGAUUUUUGAAAACUGUGAGACCAAGCCGGGACUCGAUCUCGCUACGUCCGGGCUAGACAGACAGAUAAGGAGAUAAGGCUUAUGCUUAACCGAUUGCGCCACUGUGCUGAUAACAAUACAAACAUAUUAAGCUAAAAAUUGAGCGUCAUUUUGCAAAUAAUUUCACCCACUAACCAAACUUAUUCGUUAUUGUAGUUAUUUAUAUAAUGCUAAUUACUAUGAAAUUACUAUCCACUAUAG